UUUUUAGACGAUAAUCAAUGAAUUUUAAUUAAUAGUUUUAUAUUAAGUAAUUAUAUAAGUAGACAAUUUAAUUAAUAUAGCUAUAGAAUGAUCAGCAAGAAUUAUUAGAAAUUACACAUAUGAAGUGUACAUAACACGCUCAGCAUGAGGGUUACAAGUGAAAUUUUAAACAAUGAUUGACGAUUAUGCAGGUCCAAUGUGACACAUUGAUAAAUUAUAUAAACUAAAGAGUUUUCUUCGUAAAUUAAUAUUAUAAAAACUGACAGUUAUUAAUUGAAUUUAAUGCAGUAACUAGAAUUAAAAUUAUUUUUUAUUACAGAAUGCUAUAUUUAUUUAGCAUAUAUGCACUGUUUUUGUAGCUUAUAGCUUUUAAUAUUAUUUUGAAAUAUUUUUCUACGUGUUUGAGUUAAGGGGUCAAACAAGUAGAAAUUUAUUUGAAAAAGUAUUAUAAACAUUUCAGGACUCUAAAUGAAUAUUAUUAUAUGUUGCGAUUAAUAGUCAUACUUAUUUUAGAUUAUUUAGAAGUAUGCGGUACAAGAUUAAUAAAUCAUUUUUUCAAUCAACACGAAUGGCCUCAACCAAAAAUCAUUGGAGGAUAUUCUACUCCAUAUGGAGCAUAUCCAUGGCAAGUGGAGUUACAAGCUAAUAUAGGAGGAUGGGAACAUCACUGUGGAGGAGCACUUGUAUCAGAAACAAUUGCAUUAACAGCUGCUCAUUGUUUGAAAAAUUUAAAAAAAUCACAGUUACGCAUUCUUGUAGGAAAACAUAAUUUAUCAAAAAAUGAUAAACAUGAAAAAACAUACAAAAUCCAAAAAAUAUUAGUACAUCCCGAUUUCAGAAAAGAUGGGCCUCAUAGCCAUGAUAUUGCAGUACUAAAAUUACAUUCAGCCAAUAGCAAAGGAGUUAGAUUUGAUUCACAUGUUCAACCAAUAUGUUUACCAGAAUACCAUACAAAUAUAAAUGAAGCUAACUGGUGCACAGUUACUGGUUGGGGUGCACAAAAACAAGAUGAUAUGACUAGUUUAUCAAAAGUAUUACAAGCAGCAUCUGUACAUUUAAUUGAUCUCGAAACGUGUCGACAUGAUGAUAUUUAUGGAGGACGUCAUCAAUUCAUAUUAGAUAGUAUGUUAUGUGCUGGUAACUUAGAAGGAGGUGUAGAUGCUUGUGGAGGUGAUUCUGGGGGACCUUUAGCUUGUCAAAUAAAUGGAAAAUUUGUACUAACGGGAGUUGUAUCAUGGGGUGAUGGUUGUGGCAAAAAAAAUAGACCAGGUGUAUACACAAGAGUUUCAUACUAUGCAGAUUGGCUAAAACAGUCAAUAUUCGAAUUAGAAACCUAAUAGAAUAAAAAUUAAAAAAGUAUUUAAUUAAGAAAAAAAUUGUGAAUUUUAUUAACAUUCAUACACAUUAUGUAAAGGACUAAUUAAUUAAAAUAGUUUCAAAUGUAAAUAUGUAAUAUAAAUAUAUAAAUAAGAUUGUUAAUAUUAUAAUAAGUCUGUUGAUUUAACUUGUAUAAAGAUAAUUCAAGUGCUAGUUAUUUUUUAAAUUAAUAGUGGAACUAAGCAAAACGUGUUUUAAUAAUUAGGUAAAGUAGAUUAGGCAGAACAUUAAUUUGUUCAAGCCAAGUCAGAAAUCAAAGUUCUGUUAUUUUUAUGUUGGUGUUAAUUAAUUAUUUUCUUUAAAUCAUUAUAUAAGUAUUUUUAAAGUGAAAAAAAGUAAAAUUAUAAUUUUGGUUUCACAAUGAAUAUAAAUUCUUUGAGUAAUUAUUUAUACGAAAGUAAUGUAUAAUAAUCAAGGGAUAGGCUCACUGUGCUAUAAAACAAAUCCAUUUUGGAGUAAAUUAUCAUCUGAGUUCACAGUUCUCCCUGUGUGUUACUUCAUUAAU